GGCGCUGUAUCUUUACGACCUUUGGCAAAGGGUAGAGACGUUCGUGCAGCCAAAUCUCUGCUCUGGAUACCCGUUUCGGGAUUCGCAUUUCCCUGACUCUGAACUUGUCUUAAGGCCAACCGCCCGCAAAACUCUACUGCAGGCCUACUGACGUGUGGGUGAACCCAGUGAUGCCAGUAUUUUUGGACGGUGUUUUUACAGACGUCUGCCUCGUCUUUCCUUGGAUCACAUUAAAGCUGCACCUGCCAUGAGCACAUACAUGUAUGUCUGACUACCGGUAUGUUGGCAGUACCAAAAUCAGUUGAGGGGCAGUAACUGACUACCAGUACAAAAUGACUACAGAAACAAAGCGCAAAUCUAAGUGGGACAUACCCAAAGCAGAGGAUGAGCCUGGUGAUCAUGGGUCAAGUCUUGAGGCUGCAUCUGCAGCUGCUGCAAAAAUUAAUGCCAUGUUGAUUGCCAAAGGAAAACUAAAACUACCAACAACUGUGGUGUCAUCUGCCCAGCAAACACCCAAACAAAAGGUACUUAAAAGCAAAGAAGAGCCAAUCAUAGCAGAGGUGGAGAUAAAUGAUGUUCCAUUACAGUGCCGGAAUAUGUUGACUCGUGGUUCUACCCAAGAAGAGAUAAGUAAAAUGAGCGGUGCUGCAGUUUCCACUAGAGGACGGUUCAUGUCAUAUGAAGACAGAGCUAAGAACAAUAUGGGAGAGAGACCGUUAUAUUUGUGUGUACAAGGGCAGAAUAAGGAUUGCGUGGAUAAAGCUGUUCAAAGAAUCCGCAAUAUUAUUGAUGAAAGUAUAAGUAAGUCAAAGGGAAGGGGCAAGGGGAAGAGUCGACUGUUUGGACAGAUGGAACCUGCCUCAGCUGUAACCUCAGCACCACCUCUCCUUGGAGGAUCAUUUGUACCACAGCACCAAACCCCUCUUAUGACAGUUCCACAAUCAACACCCACACCAGCAGUGCCAACUGGGUCUUACAUCCAAGAAAAGGUCUUCGUUGGCCUGGAACAUGUGCCUCCGUCUUUUGGUGUUCGUGACAAAAUUUUAGGUCCAGGGGGAUCAUUUCUACAGCACAUCCGUUCGGAGACUGGUGCUAAUGUUUAUUUACGUGGACGUGGAUCAGGAUAUUUAGAGCAGACGUCAGGACGAGAAGCUUUUGAGAAUUUAUACAUCUACAUUACCCAUCCAAAAAUAGAAGGAGUCCUUGCUGCCAAAAAGUUGUGUGAAAACCUUAUACAAACUAUUCAUACUGAAUAUAGUAAGCACCAGAGCCAAUCUAUUACACCUGCUAGUUCCAUUAUCCGCAUGGUUACACCAUCAACUGUUACCCAACAAGGUGUGCCAAAUAUACCUGCUACCCAGUCUAGCCAGGUAGUCUAUACCAUGCCCACCUCUGCAGGGAUAAUGUACCCUCAUCUCCAAGUACCAGUGGCUCCUCAACAAGCAGUAGAUCAACCUCCAGUUCAAAAGACACUGGUAGUGCGGCAAGUUGCCAUCCCAAGACCAGUACCACCACCAACUCAGUUAGCUCCACAAGAAACCAUUCAGCAGCAGGUCCAGCGACAACAUGAACAGCAACAAAUACUCAGUGCACAGUUGUCUGCUGCUCAGACUGUUGGCCUGAUACAAGCGCCCGGUGAAACUUCACAACAUUCUGUUGUUCAGGGAACUCCAGCAGUGCUUGUGCAACAUCAAUCAUCACCUCACCAACAGCAUGAGCUAAUUCAGCAACACAACCAACAACAAAUCCAUCAACAGAUUCAGCAUGAAAUUCAGCAUAAACACAUACAGAGGCAACAAGAACUUUCACUGAAGAAUCCACAACAGUUGCAGCAAAAGGCACCUAUUAUCCCUGGCUCACAUCUUACUCAAUCUGCACCAACUCCAGCAGAACAACAAAAAAGGCAUUUCAGAGAAGCACCAGCGGAUAAUCCCAAAGAUACUUUGUUUGGUUAUCAGCAUGGUCCUCCUCAUUUAACUAAUCUAGGUGAGAGCAGGCAACUUGUAUCUGUAACUCAGGCACUGCCAGGACUAAGUGAAUCUUCUGUUCCAGCACCUUAUCAGAAAGGCCCAACAGUUUCUCUUGGACCACCACAGAGGAUACCUAUGUCUGCUCUACCAUCCAGUACAAAAAAUUUAAUGGCACCACCACCUUUGGCCGUGAUUGGUCCCUCUUCUGGAACAGGAGACCUUGAUAAGCAUCUUAUGCCCCCACCUUCACUCCCACCCGGAGAGACACUGAAGUUGCUUCAACACGUUAAGGGUGGUAGAGUGGCACUUUUUGAAGAACCUCCACAGAAGCGCAGCAAGGGUCUUGUAUCCUAUGAUGGUGGCGAUUCUGAUGAUGAUGAAGACAUUAUUCGAUCUCCACAAGCUCACAGCUAUUUCCAGCCCAAUAGCACAUAGCCACAGAUACCUGGAGGUCUUCUCAGCACUGUGACAGGUUCUUCAACAAACGGUGUUAAAAGCUGAAUUUAACUACUGAGGAAAGAGGGACUUCCAUUGCUGAACCCCUUGAAAUUUCCUGUUGUAGGCAAGCAGUACAUUGAAAUGUCACCAAGCAGUGUUUAUAUGUGUGUUGUUCAAGGAACCACAAUGUAUUAUGGACUGCAUGCAGUGACAGCUUUCAAAAGAGAGACACAUGGCGUAUGUGUAUCAAUUUAUGCAUGUGUACAAACUUAAGCACUGUCACAUGCAAGGAGUGCACCUGAAUGUUAUACAGCGAAGCAGCAUUCAAACUUCCUGCAGCAACAAUAGGCUUUGCCCUUUUUGUACUAGUGCUGGCAUAAUUAAGUUCCAGUGAUGUCGAUAUCUUCAGCAGCUUUUACAGAUGCCCCGUAAAUGACCUAAUUUGAAAUUUCCAUAAAAAGCAAGGACUAAAUUUGUGGAUAUUAAUGUUUCCAUUUGUAGGAUGGCUUGUAGGUUUUCCCGGCCAAAUCAGCAAAAGACCUUUCAUUUUCAUCAACAUUUAAAUCCAUAGAUUUUAGUUCUAUUCAUAAUGGGUUUGUUUUUCCUUAUUGUCAAAUUUUUGUAAACACAAGAUUUUGGUUUUGCAAUGAAGAUUUAGUCAUUCUAUUUUAUUUACAGGCAUUCAAGUGUACAUUUUUGCUAUGUAUUGUCUUUUCUCAGUUAGUGCAAUGAAAUUAAAAGGUCAUCGAAGUAUGCGAGAUUUUACCUCUGCAUGCUUUUCCUUUUCAUGUACGGUCAAUCGAUUUUGCACUUUGCGUGUGCAGUGUAGACGUGAUGUGAAUUACUGGAGUAGUUACUGCUGUCUUCCAUCAUAAGUUGUUUCUGCAUGAUAUUCUUGUCUCGUAAGAAUUGUCGCAGUGUUAAUAAUUCAUUUGUAUCCUCAUUCAUUUGUGUCGACACCCGUCUUUUGAGUGACACGAAAUCAGUUCAGGAAAUGUUUGUUUUUGCUCCUUACUGUGUGGAUGGUUCCUGUUCUGUUUAUUUUAUAUACAUAUAUUUUGGUCUGUAAUUACUCGGACUAGUGCAAAUUAAAAUAGAGGAGAGUUUGUGAAACAAAAUUGGUGUCACUUUUUUCUUGUAAAAUUGGCUUUUACGCCUGAAUAGGCAAAUGCAAGUCAGUGCAUACCACAGGAACAAAUUUGAAUUCUCAUAUGAGAAAUGUUCCCGUUGAUGAAAUUGAAUUGUUCUUCAACAUCUGAGGCCGUUGAUGGAUUUUAUGAUGGUCUUUCUUUAAAGCAUGCUCAGAUAACAAAAUCGAAUGAACUCCGCUGAUUUUUUAAUGCUCAUGUGAAAGAACAUUUACAAACAAGAAACAAACUUAAAUGGGUUUCGUGUUAAAUUGAACAAUAUUUUGCUGAUAUUUUGCUAGGAAAACCUAUAAUAUGAAUUUUUUAAUAAAGACUGUUGCAGUCAGGAUUUGAAUUCCAGAAUUUGUAGGUCAUGCCAGCCGGUGGGGAGUAUUACAUUAAAAAUAUCUAACAAAAGAAGCACAGCGCACAAACAAUGAGGGUCCAUUGUAAUUGCAGUGAAACAAUGACUAAUGCCAAGGGGGGGUCUCUCCGUCUCAUAUCUUACUUAAUAUGUAAACUACCGUUGGGGUAUGGGCAAUACCCUAUGGUCUCACUGACAACAUGCUCUUCACAACAAAGACAUGCAUCCAAACCUACAUGUAUUCACUUGUGUAACUUAAUAUUUUUAAAUGUGAGAACAAUUAGCCUUGUGUAGCCAUGUACAACAGAGGUUUGUAUACAUUGAUAUGAAAUUACUUGGUAUGUACAUGUACUCACUUCAGGCAAAUCCUCAUAUAACAAAGCAAGGGUGAACAUUUAACAACUUCAGUUGUGGUCCUAUUGUUGCAUAAUUAUGUGAAACGUUUUGGAAGGACCCGCUGGGUUUUGUACAGGAUUUAGAAAAUACACGACCCUCAGUCUGUUGUGAUUAACCUCUAUUGUCGAUUGUCAGUGGCUGAACGUGUAUACAUGUACAAGCUCCUGUUCACAUAAAAGAUAUCUUUUCUCUCUGUGUCAUGAGAAGACUACACGACAUGGUCAAUUCUUCUGUAACUGAAACAAUCUGCACUUACCUCCAUUGAAUCUGAACUUUCCAAAAUAGGUGGUUUUGUUUGUCUACAGCUUUGUGUCUCAGAUUAUGUAACAUACUGUGCCAAGAGUUAGAAAUCAUAGGAUUAGAUUGAAGUCAUUUAUGGCAUGUACAGCACACACUAAUUUCAGUGGGAAGAAACCACAGUUUUAACACCAUUAAAGCUUGUGAUAACUUUUUUUUCCCUCAGUCCUCAAUUUUAACUCUUUAAACACUGUUACCAUAAACAUUGUGUAUAGUAUUUUAAUCAUUUUUCAUAACUGAAAACAGUUUUGUUUGCAAACUGAUAUUUGAUCUACCCGAAGUCAUGUAACUGGUAAUUUGAAAUUAUGGAAACUGGAAAAUAAAAUUAAACGUGAUGGAAACGUUUCACGCUUUUUUAAAAUUCAAA